UUUAAUUGACUUUAAUAAUAAAACUGUGUGAUAAAAUAUUGCAAAUAAACUAAUUAUAUAUAAAAUUUCGACGUAUCUAUUACGUAACUUUUUGUUUAUUUCAAUUUAUUUGGACGUGACGUCCACGCGACAUUAUGAAUAACACAAUUUCGAUUGCCCGGCGCGCGAUAACGUCAAUAAAAACUCACUGUCAUAUAAAAAAAGGUUUUAAUAUCACCAGUAACGUCGGUAUUAGGAAGUUUUCUAUUAGUUCGUGUAGAAAUAUGAAGUUCGUUCAAUUUAUUUAUAAUGAAAAACCCAAUGAUAUUCGAGUUGGAUAUUUAGACGGUGAUAAUGUUGUAGACAUCAAUAAAGCUGACUCCAACUUGCCUAGCAACCUGUUAGAUAUUUUGAAAAAUGGUGAUGUGGAAAAAGUUAAACGGCUAAAGUCUUCUAAUCCAGCAUCAGUACCUCUGUCUUCUAUUAAACUGGCAGCACCAAUCCACGGAAAUGACAAAGUAUUGUGUGUUGGACUUAAUUACAAAGACCAUUGCGAAGAGCAGAAAUUGACUCCUCCUGAAGUACCUAUGAUCUUCAGCAAAUUUGCAAGCACAAUCAUCGGCCAAAAGGAUGCUGUAAAGCUUAGGACUGAUGUAACUGAUAAAGUAGACUGGGAAGUUGAACUUACCGUCGUGAUUGGCAAAAAGGCGAGUAACGUUAAAUCAGCUAAUGCGUUCGAUUAUGUAUUUGGUUACACCGUUGCCCAGGAUAUCAGUGCCAGGGACUGGCAGAAAACUAGAAAUGGAGGACAAUUUCUACUCGGCAAGUCUAUGGACACGUUCUGUCCGAUUGGCCCUUGCAUCACAACCAGUGAUGAAAUCGGUGAUUCACAAAAUUUAACCAUCAAGUGCAGUGUCAAUGGAGUUCAAAAACAGUCCAGCAAUACUAAUCAGCUUGUUCAUAAGAUAGAAAAUGUCAUCGAGAGACUUAGCUCGGUUAUGACACUUCUGCCGGGUGAUAUAAUACUGACAGGAACUCCAGGCGGUGUUGGCAUGUACAGAUCUCCACCCGAAUAUCUGAAGCCAGGGGAUUUGAUUCAGAGUGAAAUACAAAACAUCGGUGUCCUAGAAACCAGGGUUGAAAAGUUUUAAUUUGCUAAGUGAAAAUGUAAAAUUGGAUUGAUUUAUAGUUGCUGUUAUUUACCAAAUUA